AUGUCUCAAGCUAACACUGAAUACUUGGCAAUUCGAAAACGGGCGUUAAUUGAUUUCGAAAAAGCUCUUGAAUUCUCAUUAAAAAAAUUUAAUGAUAUUCAAAGGAAAGAUAAACAUAUAGCUAUGGCUAUGAAUCAAUUUCCACUCACUGUCUUGCGUGCUGAUGUUGAAUCCGUGUUAGUGGAGAAUGAAGUUAGCGGAGAAUGA